CGGGUCGGAAAGUCAGAGAGAGCGGAAGAGGGGAUAAAAACGACGUGUUGGGUGGUUAGAGACCCCAACGCCGACUGCGCCCCAAAAGCGACCUCACAAACACCACCGCGCACUCUGGAGCGGCCGCUCCGGGAGCAACCUGAGGGGAAGGCGGGGGACACGAGGAAGAGUUGAGGGGUGGGAGACGCGAGAGAAACGGCGCGUGAGCCAGCACGCUGAGGGCUAGGGGCUGCUAGGAGAGGAGCGCAGCAGAGAGGCCGGCAGAAGAGCAGAGCGAAGGAAGGUCGCGGAAGGACCGAGGAGAAGCUGGGAUCGUCCUGGUGGGAAGAGCUGUGGGGAUUUCUGAAGCUCGGGAAGAAGAAAAAGAUUUUCAAAGAGAAGGCGAGGGUAGGGACACUUAGCCUGCCGAAUUAGAGCUCUCCGAGGGAGGUGCUUAAGGGAGGAGAAGCUUUAAGAGAUUAUCCUGGAAUUGCUAAAGGGGCGGGAGCUAGAGUGGAGGAUCCUUUUUAGACGGGAGGAAGGGAAAACCGUAGAGAAGUUCCCUAGGCCCCUUGCAUCUUGUCCCGUUCCUGCUUCAAACUCCACUCCCUUCCUCGAAAGUUAUAAGGAAAGACAAAAUUGCUGCUUCUCUCGUUUUCUGCUCAAUAAAUAUUACUUUUACCCUCCCACGAGAAAACGGAAAAGAAUUCAUUUCCUUCCCAAUUUGGGGGUUUAGAAAAUCUCGAGGCCUCGCAAUUUUAUUUUUAGCCUGGGGGAAUCAGACUAGAAAAGGUCUUGCUCUUGUUUCCAUUUUCAAAAUCGUACACCUCAUCCAUCCGUCCCGGGACGCCAUGUCUACCAGCACUUGCAGUUUCAAGGACCGGUGCGUGUCCAUCUUGUGUUGCAAAUUCUGUAAACAAGUGCUCAGCUCUAGGGGAAUGAAGGCUGUUUUGCUGGCUGAUACUGAAAUAGACCUUUUCUCUACAGACAUCCCUCCUACCAACACAGUGGACUUAAUUGGAAGAUGCUAUUUCACUGAAAUCUGCAAAUGUAAACUGAAGGACAUCGCAUGCUUGAAAUGUGGGAACAUUGUAGGUUAUCAUGUGAUUGUUCCAUGUUGUUCUUGCCUUCUUUCCUGUAACAAUGGACACUUCUGGAUGUUUCACAGCCGAGCAGUUUAUGGUAUUAACAGACUAGAUUCUACCGGUGCUAACUUCCUACUUUGGGGCAACUUGCCAGAGAUAGAAGAAAGUACAGAUGAAGAUAUAUUAGAUAUCUCAACUGAGGAGUGUAUUAGAUAAAUAGAAUUAUGAUAGAUAUAAUACUCAAACUUUUUCCUAUUUAAAAUGUGUAUUAAUGGAUCAACUUUAAAAUUGUUAGUAAUGAUUUGCCAGUGAUUUCUUUAAAAAAAAAAUGGGGCAUUUUUUUAUUUAUUUAUUUGCUGUCUCAAAAUAAUUAUCUGAGUUUAAUUUGAGCCAAUGUAGUUCUUUUCUUCUACUUCUUCCUCUCUCCAUCAUUCUGUUUAGUACAGAUGUAUUCUUAAAUUCAGAUAGGAGAAGAUUCUUUCAUGUGUCACUCAGCUACCUCCCAAUCUGGGGAAGUUUUUCUUACAACCAAAUGCCAGAUACCAUUAUUUUACAUUACUGAAAAGAGGCAUUAGUACCCAUACAUAUGUUGACCACUCAUAUAUACGUGCAUAAAUCUAUGGAUAUAAUCAGGCAUAUGUAUGGGAAGCCCAACUAGGAACUAAAGCUUAACAGGGAAUUUUUUAAAACAGGAUCUUAGGUUUCGAUGGGUACUGGUUAUCAUAUUAGUGAUAACUACUUUAAUAUGGAGCAAGAUUGUGAAUUAGCAAAUAGAAUAAAUUUUAAAAUGUAUGGAGAAAUCCUCUUGAUUCCUCAGCAUGGUGUUAGAUAAAUGGAUUUGUCACAAAAUUAUCAGUAUAUACUGUUUACCAAUAUUAUUCAUUCACAUUCCUCUAAAGUCAUAUCACUGUUAUGAAAGCCAGAUAAGCUAAACCUCUGUCUUUAAGUUUUCCCAUUCUCUAGGGCUUUCUCUGUAAAUAGCAAAUUUUAGAUGAGUAGUCUCAGUUCCAACCCUUAAAUAGAAAAAAAACAAAACAAAAUGAAGAAGUGGUUUGCUUAAGCCAUUGUACAUUACAAAGCAAGUUUGUUCUUUUUUAAAGCUGUGUACAGAGCCACACAGAAAUAGGAAAUGGGGGUAGUGUUGGAUUCUGGUUUUAUGUAUAGCUAAAAUAAUGUAUCGCCUUAACUAAUAUCUCAGCUGUAGGCAUUUCGUCGAUAGUGAUACCAAAACAGACUGAGUCGCAGUUUUGUAAAUAAAGUUUUGUUCUAAAAAUGA